ACAGUUUCAUGUGCAAGUGCUGUACAGUGUACACAAAAGUUGUUGUGUGCUUACUUUGCUUAAAUAUAUUGGGUUAAUCUUUCUUAUGCUGGCCUGAAAUUUAAACACGUUCAUGAUUCGCUCCUUACGGUUUACCACACAUUUGUUCCGCACCACAUUCUUGGCUAAUUUUCAGCCACUAAAGCGUGUAAUGAAUACCGGACGUUUGACGUCAAGCAAUGAAAUGAGCGAUUUCAUUGUAAAAAAUAGUGCAACAGAACCACAUCUUACGAUGAGUUUCAUGUACAAACCUUCUGAUGCACGUAUGCAUCGUUUGUUUAAUUUGCAAAGACUGAAAUCCGAACCUCUGAAUCUAACACUUACCAGAAUAUCAAGUAAUAUUGGUAAAGUAAUUGAGAAAAUGCAAAAGAAAAAAAAGAAGACGGCUGGAAAAUCACAAGAAAAUAAUCAACUGAAAAGUGACUGUACUCCUGUUGAAGUUAAAGUGAAGCUAAUGAAAAGCGACUUGACUGAAGUCGAUGAAACUACAUUAAAUGUUGAGGCAUGGCAAGAUGAAUAUUUACUUGUGAUUGAAGACACCAGGUUCAUUGUAUCGGUCAAUCCACCUCAAGUGAAAAGCUUAAAAUUACCAACUACAAUAUUUUCCGGAUCUCUGUUAUAUCCGCGCAUUCACCUGGAAUUUUCAGAUAAAGAAAAUUCUGAGUGGUAUUGGUUUACCCAAGAUGGUGGAGAUGGGGCAGAAAAAUUUAUUCAAUCUCCCCAUACUAGUGGUGCACCUUCUGGAAGAUCCAGUAAUGUUGUGGACCUUUGUCAAAGUCUUGGGUUACUAGAAGUAGGAGUAACAUGGCAAUUAGUUGCAGAAGGGUGGUGUAUCACAUCUGCUGUAGACCUGGUCAGUUGCACCCUAGCUCUUGUUUGCAUUCCUGGAAACGGAGAAAAAAGAGGAAGGCCUGCUGUGGCAAAAGCUGGAAAAAUCACUGAAGGACCUGGACCUUGCCCAUUUGAGCUUCGCCAUCUUCAUACUAAGGAUAUCUCGAGUCAUGGUUGUUUCAGAGUGGCCUCCUACAAUAUUCUCGCAGAUCUUUAUGCCGAUUCUGAUUUUUCAAGAGAACAUCUCUUUCCUCACUGCCCUGCAUCUGCUUUGCAUAUUGACUAUAGAAAGCAACUGUUUGUGAGAGAAAUUGUUGGGUACAAUGCUGAUAUCAUAUGUCUACAGGAAGUUGAUAAGAAGAUAUAUGAGCAUGAUCUUUCACCUCUGCUUGGACUCAUGCAUCUAGAUAGCAUCUACUGCAAGAAGGGAGCAGAUGGCAUGGAAGGCGAAGCUACUUUCUUCAGGCAGUCAAAGUUCAAACUGAUUGACCAAGGAUGUAUUGUGAUGUCAGAGCAAAUUGUUCAGUCUCAGCACCAUCUCAUUUUAGAUGCAUUGUCCCUAAAUACAGAGCUAAGAGAUAAAUUUCGUCAAUUACCAACAGUUUUGCAGUAUGUUGUGCUAGAGUCUAGAGAGACUGAAGGCCUCGGAGUAGUGGUUGGUAACACACAUCUUUACUUCCAUCCAAAUGCCGGACUUAUUCGUCAAAUCCAAAUGCUGGUGGCAUUGCAUCAUCUAGAGAGUGUGGUGAAAUUGCAAGAAGCACAGUGCAAUGAGGUUGCGCUGUUGUUAUGUGGUGAUUUCAACAGCAAUCCAAGUUCUGCUGUCUGUAACCUUAUUUUGAAUGGCAGCAUACCCCCGGAUUAUCAAGAGCAUUCACCAAGUGAAAAUGAACAAAGAGUGGAUGGAAUUGAUUUUAAGCAACCGUUUAAGCUAGCCAGUGCGUGUGGGUUUCCGGAAUACACAAAUCAUGUUGGUGGGUUUUCUGAAACCUUGGACUACAUCUUUAUUGAUAAAGACAAACUGGUAGUGGACAGGGUUAUUCCAAUGCCUAGUCAUGAGGAAGUGAUUCUACACAAAGGGCUGCCUAGUGUUGUAUUUCCCAGUGAUCACAUUGCACUAGUCUGCGAUUUAACAUGGAAGGAGUUCUCUAAACAGUGAUCACUCAACAAAUCUGUGAUGUUUAGGUAAAAUUACUUGUGAAUGAGACCAGCCAACAUGCAUAGUAAUAUAAGAUGCCAGCAAAUGUUAAUGGUUUAUCGCCGCUAAAUUAUCUUGAUUUUUACAACAUUUUACAACAUAGAUUUGUUAUAAAAAAGCUAUGACAAUGUUAUAUAAAACAGGGUCUGUGGCUAGCAGCAUGUAAUACAGAUUGUUACUAAUCUUACGCAGGCUGAUAUGCAGAUUGUUGUAGUCAGAUCAACUAGUAUCACGGCAAGAGCAUAUAUCCAUCAACAAUAACAGCAGAAAGUUGAACAGCGACCCCACAGUAUUCAUGUUCGGCACAAGAAAGUUGUGCGUGUAUGUGCGUGUGUGGUGGUGGGGGGGGGGGGUAUCUGAAAUGCCAGUGUCGGACCAGAAAUGGAAGUCAAGAGUCAAAGUUCAAGGUUAAAUAGGAAAAGGGAAAUGUCUUAUUCACCCAUCAUCUUAAGUUGGACCAUCAUCUGUGGUUCUGCUCUUCGUGGUUCUUACUGCCUAGCGUUGAUCUAAGCUCAUUGCACAGGUUAAAAAAAUUGCAACUUUUAAAACAUAAAUGCAGCUUGACGUAAACUUUUCACAUUUAGGAUAUGGUCGUGGUGGGCAGCACUUUUCAUGUUAAAUAUUAUGCCAAAUGUGAAAAGCCAGCAGCUGAAAGCUAACGUUGUAGAUAUUUUCAUGAACGUGGGUUGACAGACCAAAUAAAAAGCUUUUUACAACACUGA